AUGUCUGAGACAUUUGAAACACUUCAUAAUUUGGUGCACAAAGGAGUGAAAGUAGUGAUGGACAUCCCUUACGAAUUGUGGAACGAAACCUCAGCAGAAGUGGCUGAUCUGAAGAAACAGCUUUCUCAUAAGUUUUUUCUUCUAGUAACAGGGAGCUGCUCUUUGGCUUUUACUCCGACACUGUCGCCACCAAAGCAUGUGAUAAUAAAUGGUGAAAGGAAGACAUUACUAGCAUGCCUAGUGAGAGACCUCUCCAAAGAUGCUUCUCCGGCUGUUUUGUUUUCCAAUGGAAAUGGGAGCAUGCUGGCAUCUCCCGUUUAUGGGCUUUCUGGAGAAGAAGAUGGUACUUUCAGUGCAAUCUCUCAAAUUUCCAUCAACACCCAAGAUUUUGCAUCCUGGAAUAAUGUUGUUUGCUACGUGGCACAAAACCAAACCUCACAGAAAUGGAACACCACCUCUCUUCAAUUAUCUGAAAACACUAUGGGGGAGUUGUGCCUAGAUGAAAACCAAGAAGCCCUAGACCAGGUAUUGCCUCUUGAGAUUCUGCACAACCGCACGGAGGCGCUGGUUCUUUUGACCCUCAGAAUGCUGCUAUUCAAGAUGCUCCUGUUUGAUGUAUUGAUGACCUGUUGCAUCCUUUUCAAGAAGUAA